ACGCAUCAUUCCACCAUGAAGACCUUAGUCGUGCUCGCCGUCUGCUUCGUUGUGGCCCAGUGGGCGUACGGUGAGAAAAUUGCCGCGUGGCGUAACCUGACGUCCUUCACCGAUGAGCAAAAGGAGAAGUUGAAGAAGCACAAGUCAGAAUGCCUAUCGGAGACGAAGGUGGAAGAAGCGUUGGUGAACAAGGUGAAGACUGGUGAUUACAAGACCGAAAAUGAUGCCCUGAAGAAGUACGCCCUCUGCAUGAUGAUCAAGUCGGAGCUGAUGACCAAGGAGGGCAAGUUCAAGAAGGACGUCGCCCUGGCUAAAGUUCCCAACCCAGCUGAUAAGCCAGCGGUAGAGAAGGUGAUCGACGCCUGUCUAGCCAACAAAGGGAACACCCCCCACCAGACAGCCUGGAACUACGUCAAGUGCUACUACGAAAAGGACCCCAAACACGCCAUUUUGACCCAAUAAGAGCUCCAAAUAGAGUAUCUUUUUGCUCAAGCUGCCUUCAAGAUUGGUGAUCCAUGGCCAAUGUCAUUUGUUCCUAUACUAGUCAGUUGAUAGUGACAUCAACAGUGACCUACGAAUCGGUCAAGUCAGUUAUGACCCCAAACUGACACUUAGCUUGAGCAAUUGAGAUAACCUGUUUAUUGAAAGGCAAAUACUUUGGUUCAUCAUCAUUGGCUUUAGUUAUCGAAGUAUCAACAUCAUCUAAAAACAUCAAUUUGUAACCUUUAUUUUCAAAAACCAUGUCAUAAUAGUUACAUGUUCUAUUACUACUAAAUUCAUCCAAGUGAAAUUAAAUACAGGGAACAAUUUGGUUGUAAAAUCUUUAUCAAUACGGUGACUGCCCAAGCGAAUUUAUUAAUUAGAGAAAUAAACAGUGGAAUUAUA